AUGGGAUCCGACAAGACUUCGAUUUAUAAACAUCUGAGGAACUGUCACGGGGCUAGAUUUAUAUGCCGGGCCAAAGAUUGCUUGUUUGCAGGAUCAGAGGAUGACAUUCAACUUCACAUGAAAGAGGUGCACAAGUAUUUGGGGUGCCCUGAGGCUGCUUGCCACUUCGUGGGACGCCACGAGGAUGCGCUUUCUCGUCAUUUUAAAAAAGCGCACGCGAGAAGAUUGCUGGAUGAGAAGUGCCGAGCGAGGAACUGCUCGUUUACAGGAUCAAAAGAUGAGGUAAAGCUCCAUCUAAAAGAGGUGCACAAGUACCUCGAGUGUCCCGAGGCUGGUUGCGACUACAUGGGACCCCACAAAGAUGCACUUCAUAAACAUCGGGAGGAGAUACACGGGGAAACAAUAAAGUGUCUUUUCGCUGGUUGCGAUUGGGAUGGAAGCACACCUAACUUUCAUCGGUAUCAUAAACACACACAUGGUCCGACAUACAAGUGCCCAGAACCCAACUGUCCUUUCACGCAGACCGCAGUACUCCUGACCCAUCAUAUGCGAAGCGUACACGCGAGACCCAAAUUCACGUUGGAACUGGCGAGGAAGUGCGAGAUGGUUGGGCAAGCCAAAGAUGAUGAAGGGUUGGAAGGGGGUACCAUUGAUGAUGCUGAUGAAGAUGAAGAUGGUGAAGAUGAUGAAGAUGACGGAGAUUAUGAUGAUACAGUGCGAUAGCCAUCUUGUAUAAUAACUUUAGCGAAGAAUGCUUUUAAUGAACAG